AUGCCCGUCUAUCAUGUUGCCCUCUUCAAGCUCAAGGAAGAUGCCGACUCUGAACAGGUCCGUCGGUGGCAGGACCUUGCACACGCAAUGGUCGGCAAAGUACCAGGCCUAAUAUCCCUUCAAGCUGGGUCGCCGCUUGAAUUCACAUCGCAUAUGGCAAAGGGGUUCGAUAUGGGUGUUGUGGUAUUAGUAGACUACUCUGAGAGUCUGGCUACAUUUUUCACGCAUCCUAGCCAUGACGAGGUCCACGAGUUGUACCUGAAGGUCUGUCAAGAUGGAAGCACAGUCGGAUAUGAUAUUGAGUUUUAG